AUGUCUUAUAAAAGCCGGCGGGAAAGCAACGGGAGAGGGUCAGUACUCCAAAACGUGGCAUCGGGCUCGUCCGUCCCGGCUGCCCGUUACCUUAGAAGAAGCAGGCCUGAGACGGUAAUGAGACGUGUUCCGCGAAAAGGUCUCGAAAACGGAAGGAGGGCAAGGCCCCCAGCAUUUAAUGGUGUUGCUGCCUAUGGCGGCCAAGGUCUACCGGGGGUUUUCAGACAGGCUUGCAAUAGACACACAUGGUAUGGAACACCGUAUGGUUUAAAGGUCAUGGCACACCGUCACUGCACCGUAACGGCACAGCUGCACCACGGUGCCUUCUCGAAUUUUAGAGUACCGCUAGCCGCCAGCGCGCUAACCACGUGUUGA